CCCUUUCCCUUUCCCUUUCCCUUUCCCAUCUAUCUCAUUCAGUCCCUUCCUAUUCCUAAUUCUAAAAUUGAUUUAUAUCACCUCAUCAUCCCGGCCGAUCGUCGCGGCUUCGGCGACACUGGUGUUUGUAACGAGAAAAUCGGAGUAAUUCAGUAUUCUCGCGAUCGAGUCUCAUUUUUGGAUUGGGUUGAGAAUUGCGGAUUUCUUGGACGGAGUUGAGAUUUUUAGAUUGAGGUGGAGGAAACUUUGAACGCUUUGCUGCAUCCUUGUGGAGGAAGGACUGAUACAUGCACCUCCUAUUGGCCAAUUUGUACGUCUAGAAAAUACUGACAACAAUUUGUAUCUGAAGAAGAGAACGAGGAUGCGCAAGUGGCUGUGUUGCACUUGUGAAGUGGAGGAGUCUUACCCUUCAAAUGAGGGUGAGCAUCUGAAAAGCCCCAAAAACCAUUCAGACGGCCAACCAAAGGGUUCAAAGGUGUCAGUUCCUGUCAAAGCUGAAGUUCAGAAAGCAGCACCACUGCCUAUUGAGGUCCCUGCAUUGUCUUUGGAAGAAUUGAAAGAAAAGACUGACAAUUUUGGAUCGAAAGCAUUGAUUGGUGAAGGAUCCUAUGGAAGAGUUUAUUAUGCAAACUUAAAUAGUGGGAAAGCUGUGGCUGUUAAAAAGCUUGAUGUUUCAACUGAGCCUGAGUCAAAUGUGGAGUUUUUGACCCAGGUUUCUAUGGUUUCAAGGUUGAAGCAUGAAAAUCUUGUUGAAUUGCAAGGCUAUUAUCUUGAAGGAAAUCUGCGUGUGCUUGCAUAUGAGUUUGCAACAAUGGGAUCAUUACAUGAUAUAUUGCAUGGAAGGAAGGGAGUUCAAGGGGCACAACCAGGUCCGGUGCUUGAUUGGAUGCAGCGGGUACGAAUUGCAGUCGAUGCUGCGAGGGGCUUGGAAUACUUGCAUGAGAAGGUUCAACCUUCCAUAAUACACAGAGAUAUAAGAUCAAGCAAUGUACUACUCUUUGAAGACUUCAAAGCCAAGGUUGCAGAUUUCAACCUUUCAAAUCAGUCUCCUGACAUGGCUGCUCGCCUUCAUUCUACUCGAGUUUUGGGGACCUUUGGCUAUCAUGCUCCAGAGUAUGCAAUGACUGGGCAGUUGACACAAAAGAGUGAUGUAUACAGUUUUGGUGUUGUCCUUUUGGAGCUUCUGACUGGGAGGAAACCUGUUGAUCAUACCAUGCCCCGUGGACAACAGAGUCUUGUUACCUGGGCCACUCCAAGACUUAGUGAAGACAAAGUUAAACAAUGUGUAGAUCCUAAGUUGAAGGGAGAAUAUCCUCCCAAAGGAGUUGCAAAGCUGGCAGCUGUAGCAGCAUUGUGUGUGCAGUAUGAAGCCGAGUUCCGUCCGAACAUGAGCAUUGUUGUAAAGGCCCUACAACCCCUUUUGAAGCCUCCUGCUCAAGCUCCAGCCCCAGAGUCUAGUUGAAGCGAAUAAACUUAGUUUCACCAGUUAUUUGGAAUUUCUGCAAUCUGUGCACAGUUUGGUUUCGUUCAAAAAGAUCACUUCUAUAUAUUUUGUUUCAAUUUUCUUAUAAGAGAUGAAAUGUGCAGCUUUGAAUUUGGCCGUUUAGUGUCAUUGAUUGUGAUCUUUGUUACUGAUGUUCGACCAGGGUGGUGAUGACCUGAGUUUAAUGUGAUGAGAAUAACAAUGAAAUUAGGUUGCGUGGUGGAUAUAACCGAUACUAAAUACAAAGUAUAACCGUUACUAGGAAGUGGUAGUGGUCGCUUUGUGUUUCUCUAUUCUACUCACUAAACGGGAUUUAUUUUA